AUGGAAUGGCCUUUUCUAUACCCAGGCCUCUCGCCGUCUGUCUGGGCAAUUACUGCAGUUUUUGCCAUCGUCAUCUACGCUUUUUUGGAUGGAUCUCGGAGGGACAGCAAUGGCAACCGAAUUCCGAAGGGGCCGUGUGGACUUCCUAUACUGGGCUCCUUUCCUUUCUUGACUAAAUACCCCGAACUGACCUUGGAUUAUUGGGCCCGGAGAUAUGGCUCCUUAUAUUCAGUCUGGCUGGGGAAUCAGCUUUUUGUCAUCGUGUCUGAUCCCAAGGUUGCCAAGGACUUGAUGGUCACUCAUGGCAAUGUGUUCUCGUCUCGCAAGCAAUCAUACAUCAAGAGCCAAACCGUCUUUGCUGGUCGUGGCAUCACAACUACCCCAUAUAAUGACCGAUGGCGCAAGCAUCGUCGCAUUGCAAACACGUGGUUGAAUCAGCGUGCUGUUGACUCGUACUCUCCUAAUCUAGAUCGUGAAUCCAAGUCCCUCCUCAAAGCUCUGCUUGACGAGGGCCAAGCAGGGUCAGCCCCCAUUAACCCUCAGCCACAUGUCGGUCGUUGUAUCCUCAAUGGCAUGACGACAAUCAGCUUCGGCUUUCGUUUUAACAGCAUAGAUCAUACUUUCGUCAGACGUGCCUUGAGAAUCAAUCGGGAGUACAUGAAUUGCACUGCGUCCAUGUCCAACCUAGUCGACUUUAUUUCGAUCCUUCAAGUUCUACCUUCUUCGAUGCAUAGGCGCGGAAAGAGGCUCCAUAGUGAGUUGAUCGAAACUUAUGGAGGGCUACUUCAUGAGAUCGACCAGAGGAUGCAGCAAGGUGCAGACGUACCUAAUUGUCUCGCGAAGACUAUAGUUGAGGUCCGCGAGAAAGAAGGCCUAGAUAGUCUGGACAUGGCUAUGCUCGCCUCUGCGUUCAUGAUCGGUGGUGUGGAAACAACGGCUGCUAUUAUGCAAUGGUUCUGCGCUUUGAUUCCAGCCUAUCCCGAGAUUCAGGCUGAGGCUCAGGCUGAACUUGAUCGUGUGGUUGGGCGUGACCGCCUGCCUACUAUCGAAGAUCAGAAGAACCUCCCCUACUGUCGUGCCAUUAUCAAGGAAGUCGAACGUCUUUACAACCCCCUCUGGCUGGGCACUCCGCAUUCAACAAGUCAAGACUUCGUCUACCGCGGCCAUUAUAUCCCGAAAGAUACUGUAGUCGUCCUGAAUACCUGGACCAUGCACCACGAUCCAGCCCGCCACUGCAGCCCCGAUGAGUUCAAGCCUGAGCGCUACAUCAACGAUGCUUUAACCUCCGCGGAGAGCGCAAACAUUGCUGAUCCAAUGCAACGAGACCACUGGAUAUUCGGUGUCGGUCGUAGAAUAUGUCCCGGAAUGCUUGUCGCCGAGCGCGAGCUCUGGCUUAACAUUUCCCGAAUGCUGUGGGCCUUCAACAUGCACGAAAUCCCUGAAGAACCGAUCGAUUUGACAAAGUACGACGGUCUCUCAGGGCGUUCUCCCGCGCCGUUCCGGAUUCGGCUGACGCCACGAGAUGAGAAUGUGGCUAGGGUUCUGGAGGGCGUUGAGCUGUGA